AUGCAAGGUGUCACUUCGUUGAGAAGAAUUCAAGAGUUCUUGAUGAAAGGUGAAGACCAAAAAGACCGAGAUGCAGACAAUGUAAUUGCUGCUGUUGAGACUGCAGCGCCUGACGCGCCAAGUAUUGCAGUUGAACAUGCAACAUACACAUGGGAAGACAACGACUCGACUGCGCUCUCAGACAUCAACUUCACUGCGAAGAAGGGGCAACUGAUUGGAAUCAUUGGCGAAGUUGGGUGUGGUAAGUCCGCGUUCUUCCGGUCAUUGCUUGGUAACUUACACAAGACAAAUGGUAUGGCGUUGUACAAUGGGAAGAUAGGGUAUGUUGCACAGAAUGCAUGGGUACAGAACUUGACUGUACACGAUAAUGUUGUCUUUGGAAAGAAACACAACAACGACGUCUACGAGAAGGUUGUUGCGGCUUGCGAGUUGAGAAACGAUUUGGAAAACUUCCCAGGUGCAGACCAAAUGGAAGUUGGGAUUGGCGGAUCAAAUCUUUCUGGUGGACAGAAACAGCGACUUGCGCUCGCACGUGCGGCAUAUCAGAAUGCAGACAUCUACUUACUUGACGACUGUUUGAGUGCAGUCGAUGCAAAUGUCGGGCAGAACAUCUUCAACAACUGCAUCAAAAGCAUUCUACGAGAAAAGACGCGUGUUUUGAUCACACAGACAUUCCAAUACCUCCCCGAGUGUGACUACAUCUAUGUGAUGAAGAACAACACAUUUGUCGAACAAGGUACUUUCGAAGAGUUGCACGCUCAACAAGGAAGUGAAUUCUUGCGUUUGUAUUCAAAUUAUGUAGCGAACGUUUCUCAUCAGGACGAACAUGGCAAGAGAAUAUUAAAACGUAAAAUGAAAAAUGGAAUCAAAGUCACACAACUUAUUCAUGGAGAAAGCCGUGAUACGUCAUCUAUUUUAAAGACGAUGAUGACGUAUAUAAAAUAUGGAGGAUGGUUCAACUUUGCUAUGGUGGUGUUCUUCUUCUUCGUUUCAUCAUUUUUGUUGCUUGCUUCCAACUUCUGGUUGGUCUUAUGGACAGAUCCAUCAAAAAAGGAUCAAUAA